ACGCACGGACGGACUGACGGUGUGUGUGCUCGCUCUCUCCGCACCUCUGCUGCUGCUGUGCUCCCUCUAUCUCUGUGUGCGCGUGCGCGUGUGUCGUCCCCCCCCCCUCCCCAAUUUAUCUCCUGUCCUGUCCACAUUGGGUGUGGAGGUGGAGGUAUGUAGCACCGGGGAAGAAAAAUAGUGGCGUUUUAUGGCACUGUUGGUUUUCCAUACCGGAUUCCCCGCACCGAGCAGCAUGUAGCACCUGGAGCCGCGUUUCCCCCGAAGAAAGCAUCGCCUGAACGAGGAUUAUUCUGGGGGUGGGUUGGGGGAUUUAUUCCUUAUUUUAGAGGAGUGUUAGUGUGUGUUUCCCCCGCCGCUCUGUACCUCCCGGUCGAUGGUCGUUGAGGAAGCUUCCAUCUUGAGAUCUACCGAGAGCACCAUGGCGAGCGACUCCCCUGCGCGGAGUCUGGACGAGAUAGACCUGUCUGCACUCCGGGAUCCAGCUGGUAUCUUUGAGCUGGUGGAGCUGGUUGGAAAUGGCACCUAUGGGCAGGUCUACAAGGGUCGUCAUGUCAAAACAGGUCAGCUUGCUGCCAUCAAAGUCAUGGACGUCACAGGAGAUGAGGAGGAGGAGAUUAAAGCAGAGAUCAACAUGUUAAAGAAGUACAGCCACCACAGGAACAUCGCCACCUACUAUGGAGCGUUCGUCAAGAAAAACCCUCCAGGGAUGGAUGACCAGCUUUGGCUUGUGAUGGAGUUCUGUGGCGCUGGUUCAAUCACGGAUUUGAUCAAAAACACCAAAGGGAACUCUUUGAAGGAAGAGUGGAUUGCCUACGUCUGCAGAGAGAUCCUCAGGGGUCUGACCCACCUCCACCAGCACAAGGUCAUCCACAGAGAUAUCAAAGGACAGAAUGUGCUACUGACAGAAAACGCAGAGGUUAAACUAGUGGACUUUGGUGUAAGUGCUCAGCUGGAUCGCACGGUGGGUCGGAGGAACACAUUUAUUGGAACUCCAUACUGGAUGGCGCCUGAGGUCAUUGCCUGUGACGAGAACCCUGAGGCCACAUAUGACUUCAAGAGUGAUCUGUGGUCUCUCGGUAUCACAGCUAUAGAGAUGGCGGAGGGAGCACCGCCUCUGUGUGACAUGCAUCCAAUGAGAGCGCUCUUCCUCAUCCCCCGAAAUCCUGCCCCCAGACUCAAGUCUAAGAAGUGGUCGAAGAAGUUCCAGUCCUUUAUCGACAGCUGCCUGAUAAAGAGCCACAGUCAGAGGCCAAGCACGGAGCAGCUGCUCAAACACCCGUUCAUCCGAGAGCUGCCCAACGAGAGGCAGGUCCGCAUCCAGCUGAAGGACCACAUCGACCGCACCAAGAAGAGGAGGGGGGAGAGAGAUGAGACAGAGUACGAGUACAGUGGGAGUGAAGAGGAGGAUGAAGAGAGGGACGUCGGAGAGCCUAGUUCCAUCAUCAACAUCCCUGGCGAGUCCACGCUGCGGCGGGACUUCCUGCGCCUGCAGCUCGCCAACAAGGAGCGCUCGGAGCUGAUACGGCGGCAGCAGCAGGAGCAGCAGCAGAACGAGGAGCACAAGCGUCAACUGUUGGCCGAAAGGCAGAAACGCAUCGAGGAGCAGAAGGAGCAGAGGCGGCGGCUGGAGGAGCAACAGCGUAGGGAGCGGGACAUGAGGAAGCAGCAGGAGCGCGAGCAGAGGAGGAGGUACGAGGAGAUGGAGCAGCUCCGGAGAGAGGAGGAGAGGAGGCACUCGGAGAGAGAGCAGGAGUAUAUCCGUAGGCAGCUGGAGGAGGAACAGAGGCAGCUGGAGAUCCUGCAGCAGCAGCUCCUGCAAGAGCAGGCCUUACUGCUGGACUACAAGAGGAAGCAGAUCGAGGAGCAGCGUCAGGCGGAGCGCCUGCAGAGGCAGCUGCAGCAGGAGCGAGCGUACCUGGUGUCUCUGCAGCAGCAGCAGGAACCCCCCCGGCCCCCCCAGGACAAGAAGCAGCUAUACCACUACAAAGACCAGGCCCCCGGCACCAACGACAAGCCGGCCUGGGCUACGGAGGUGAUGCGUCGAGCUCAGAGCAACUCCCCUCGCAUCCCCCCCAAGAAGUACCACUCCUUCAGGGAGACGCGGAACGUCGACAUGAACGACCUCCUCCGCCUCCCCGGUUUCAAACCCCGCCGCCGCAGACCCCCCUCCUACCCCGCUCACAACAGUCCUUCUAGGGGGAACAUGCACGUGCCUCAGAUCCGAGUCACCUGCAUCCCAGAGCCGGGGGCCCGCUGGCAGAGCCCCCGCGGCAGCCCUGACCGGGGCCCAGAGUCCAGGGGCCGCAGCCCCGGGCGCAGGGUGGAGGAGCAUUAUAAGAUGAACAGACAGACUUCUCCUGCGUUGCAGCAUAAGGUCGCUAACCGGAUCUCGGACCCAUCACUGCCCCCCCGCUCCGAGUCCUUCAGCAGUGGAGGCAUCCAGCAGGCCCGCACCCCCCCAAUGCACCGCUCCGUGGAACCACAGAUGGCCCAUCUGGUGCAGGUGAAGAGCCACGGUCUGUCCGGGUCCCAGUCCCUGUACGACCCCCACGGCGUGUCCUCCUCCUCGGCGUCGCCCUCCCCCUCCCGGCCUCCCAUGCCCCGGCAGAACUCCGACCCCACCUCUGACACCCCUACCCCCCUGCCCCUUACCCGCCUGGCACCCCCCCUCGACAAGCUGGACCGCAGUUCAUGGCUGCGGCAGGAUGACGACGUGCCCCCCAAGGUUCCUCAGAGGACGACCUCCAUCUCUCCUGCUUUAGUCAGAAAACACUCUCCUGGAAACGGACCAGGCCUCGGCCCCCGGGCUGGAGCCCACCUUAUACGGGCCAGCAACCCCGACCUGCGGAGGACGGACAUUUCCCUGGAUACGCCGCUGAAGAAGACAAGCAGCGGCAGCUCCUCCAGCUCCAGCACCCCGAGCUCCCAUGGGGGGUCCAACGAGAGAGGUAACCAAGCAGUUAAGACUGAGGGCUCGGGUCUUUCUUCUUCCCAUGAGAACAAAGAGGACGGCAGAGAGACACGACCCAGCCGGCCUGCAAGCUAUAAGAGAGCUGUAGACGAGGAGGAGUUGGACCUGACGGCUCUGGCCAAAGAGUUGCGGGAGCUCCGUCAGGGCGAGGAGACGAGCCGCCCCCCAGUCAAAGUGACCGACUACUCCUCCUCCAGCGAAGACUCCCACAGCAGCGACGAUGACGAGGGGGAGGGGGGUGCGAGUGAUGGGACCGUGGCCGUCAGCGACAUACCGCGGAUCAUGCCAAAUGCGGGUCAAGCUAUGAACGAGGCCUUCAGCAUGUUGGGAGGUCACAAUGAUGACUCGUAUGGAAACAGCUCACAGGACGGCACCCUGAUGAUGAGAGAGAAACACGGCAGACGGAGGCGGAGCUCCGCCGCCAGCAAUGGUUUCUCCGGCAACGCCAAUCUUCCCGAUUUGGUGCAGCAAAGCCCCUCUCCCCUUGUCUCCCCUGGCGACGCACCCGGGGCCCAAUACGGGAUGGGGAAGAGCGGGGGAUCCAAGUCUUCCUUCACUCCGUUCGUAGAUCCGAGGGUUUACGGGACCUCACCGACUGACGACGACGAUAACACUUCUGCCUCAUCGCUUUUUUCUGACGAGCUUAUGAAGCAGGAGCAGGAGCAGGCGCGGCUCAACGAGGCCCGAAAGAUCUCCGUAGUCAAUGUUAACCCGACCAACAUCCGGCCGCACAGCGACACGCCCGAGAUCCGCAAAUACAAGAAACGCUUCAACUCUGAGAUCCUCUGUGCAGCUCUUUGGGGAGUGAAUCUGCUGGUGGGGACGGAGAACGGCCUGAUGUUGCUGGAUCGAAGCGGUCAAGGGAAAGUUUAUAAUCUGAUUAAUCGACGGCGCUUUCAACAGAUGGACGUCCUGGAGGGACUCAACGUCCUUGUCACCAUCUCAGGGAAGAAGAACAAGCUGCGAGUUUACUACCUGUCCUGGCUAAGGAACAGGAUAUUACACAAUGACCCUGAAGUGGAAAAGAAACAAGGCUGGAUCACUGUCGGGGAGCUGGAGGGCUGCGUGCACUACAAAGUCGUGAAAUAUGAGAGGAUUAAGUUUUUGGUGAUUGCUCUGAAGAACGCAGUGGAGAUCUACGCCUGGGCCCCUAAACCUUACCACAAGUUUAUGGCCUUCAAGUCGUUCACUGAGCUGCAGCACCGCCCUCAGCUGGUGGACCUGACGGUGGAGGAGGGUCAGAGGUUAAAGGUCAUCUAUGGCUCCAGUGUCGGCUUCCACGUCAUCGAUGUGGACUCUGGAAGCCCCUACGACAUCUACAUCCCCUCACAUAUUCAGGGUCAGGUGACCCCACACGCCAUCGUGGUGCUGCCCAAGACGGACGGCAUGGAGAUGCUGCUCUGCUACGAGGACGAGGGCGUCUACGUCAACACCUACGGACGCAUCACCAAAGACGUGGUGCUGCAGUGGGGCGAGAUGCCCACAUCCGUCGCCUACAUCCACUCCAACCAGAUCAUGGGCUGGGGAGAGAAGGCCAUUGAGAUCCGCUCCGUGGAGACGGGACACCUCGAUGGAGUUUUCAUGCACAAGCGAGCUCAGCGACUGAAGUUCCUAUCGGAGAGGAACGACAAGGUUUUCUUUGCCUCGGUGCGCUCUGGAGGAAGCAGCCAAGUCUUCUUCAUGACCCUCAACAGAAGCUCCAUGAUGAACUGGUAACCUUCAACAACACGAGCCUCCUCUUCUUCACUCUGAACAUCGGCCGACAUCAGGAGGACAGUGUGUGUGUUUGUGUGUAGUAUGUGUGUGUGUACAAUGUGUGUCUGGAGGAAAUCAACGAGCUGCUGAAGGGACGAAAUUGCAACUGGAGUAAACUCGCAGUAAAAACAGCAUCCAACCUCUAGGUGGCGCUGCAGGUCACUCCACACACUGACAGCGGCCUACGCUGUGGACGUUUCCUCUCGAGGGUUUUUAUUCCAGACUUUAAAGGACGAUGACAUCACGCCGAGUAGCCUUUGACUUCCUGGAGAAAAUCUCUGUGUAGCACAUUAAUGAUUCCUGACAGGGUGUUCACACUGCGAGCAUGAUUUCCUGCUUGUUGGUGAAGAUGCAGGUGGGCUGAAUUCAAUCAUACAGCUUUUACAGGGCUGGGUCAUAGUAAGAAAAAAAUCCUACUUUCUAAGGUAGCAUCAACAGAAGAAGAAAACUUUCAAAAUGACCAAAAUAGCAGAUGCAGCUGGUUUAAAAGUCACCAAAAUCACUUUGCAGUACAUCCGCACUAGGCUGGCUAAGGUUGUCCAAACUAAAUUGUGGUUUUAUCUCCAAAAUAAAUGUGUAAAAAUCCAUAAACUCUCACCAAAUGUUGAGCUGUGGACAAGCAAGAAUGAGUCGUUGGAAGACAACCUCAAUCUGCCAUUAGGGCUGCACCAAAUAUUAAAGAAAUGCAAUAAACUUGUUGAAUAUAUCACAAAAGAUAUUACUUACGAUUGAUAAACCGAUUUUAAAAAUAACUGUCUUCGACAUCUAAAAUAUUGACGGACAAAUAAAAACAUGAUUUGUCUCCCCUGAAUAUUGAGUGCUAUCAUUCAUCAUUUAUCUGACAUGCUUAAAACGGAUAGGAAUCAGGUAUUUGGCAGAUAUAGAAGACUUCAUUAGACUCAUCUAACCUUUAAAAGACAUUUGCCUUUCCCUAAUUUGUGUUAUAUGACAAAUAAUCUUUACAACAACCUACUGAUGUAAACACUCAUUAUUUUCCAGCUUUUUCCGUCUAAGUGUGGAUGUACGCUGAAUCAGCCUUUUUAUCAUCAUAAGACCAAAUAUUGAAUUCAGAUUUUAUAGUAUAUGAUGAAAAGUGAUGACUGAUCUUCAUGGAUGUUUUCUAGACUCACAUCUUGUAGCAAAACCUCAAAGGGUGUUCUCUUAGCGCUGUCAGAUGUUUUAUGAUAAAGCACAUCACAAUCCAUAAAACCGGGAGAAGUGGAGCUAUGUUUUUCCCCUGAUCAUUGCUCUCUGUCUGUAGGAAAUGAAAGGACUUUAUGAUGGUGUUGCUCACAGUGUGAACACUCACUUUGAGUGCUGCUGCUGGUGAAACACCUUCUGUCUCUUCCCCUUUAGAAGAAAAAGAAUUACAAAAAAGCAGUGGAAAAUGGGGGAUUUUAUACUUGUUGUUGAGGAUGCACGGCUUCUUUGUCCUGGUGUAUAUCUGGCAGGGGAAGGAAGGUUGUAGAUAUUGUAUUAUUGCUGCAACAGCAACACAAUAACUUCACAUCAUUUCUCACAAAAGGGACUUGGCGUAGAGUAGUUGCCAACUUCUGGAAGUUUUUUGUUUCUUCUUCCACCUUUUGUUCUGUCCCUGCUGUUCUGUGUACACUGUGUAAAUACUCACUUUGAUGUUAAGGACAGUUUUUGCAAAAGCAGGUGAAAAUACACAAGAAAGAAAACAAGAAAGUUUCGCUUUUAUUUCAUACCUCUGUAAAAUCUGUCCAUCAAGAGUGGACUUACACAAAAGAUUUGUUUGGGUUGACACCUCAAGUUGACUCUUUUUCUGCGUAGUUCAUCACUGUUUAUUAAGUUGUGCAUUUUGCAUGGUGACAAACAUGUUUUACCUGUCGUCACUUAUUAUAAAUUGUAAGUUUAAGGCAAUACACAGACUGUCAAAGCUGGACGCUGAGAGACAAACUUUCUACUUUACAUUCAAAGUUUUGAAACUUAGCUUUGCCUCUGUGCUUUUAUCUCAUGAGAAACAGUCAGAUAAGUCAAGAUUGCAGACUGGAUUAUUAUACAUUUACCAUCAAAUGCAUACUUUUUGUUGAUGCUCACACUUAGAGCAGCUUAUAAAGAGCGAGCAGGGCGGGCUCAGCAUCACUUUUGAGGACAUUUUCUACUUUUUACCCUUUGAUGAUUGUCUCUGUAAACACUGAUGUUUGUGGGAUUGUGAUCAGGCUGCGAGAGAGGAAAGAUGUUCACCUUUUACUUGAUAUUUCUUUUGAUUGUUCAUUGAUCUUAAAGGAUGUUACAGGUUUUCCAUGUGCAGGAUGUUAGCAUUAAUCAGCCUGUGAAUAAAGGUCAGGGUCCGUGUGAGAGACCAUAGAUAAAAAGAUAUAUAUACUGUAAGAAUUUUCGUUUAUGAUGAUAUCUUACUGAUCAUUUUAGAGGAAGACAAAAAAUAAUAAUGUUCACUAAUGAAAGCUUAGUUGUCUUUCUACAGAAUAGAAAACAUAGCUAUAAGAAUUUCUAAAAAGAAAAAAAUACAAUGUUUUUAUUGUGGUAUUAUUUGUAUUUGUAUUUCAAUUUUUGUACGUAUCAGGACUGUGAACGUAUGUACGGCUGUCAGCCUGUGAGUGUGUGUCUGUGCGUGUGUGUGUGUGCGCGUGUGUAUGUGUAGAUGAGCAGGUGUGUGCACAGGUGGGUGACAUGCAUGUGAGUGUACGUUUUCACCUUGUCUGAAUCACUGGAAUCAGUCAAAAAGACGACCUCAAUCUGGUAACACACAUCUGUGAUGUUGAAAAAUCUACAAUAAAUGUCCUCUCCUUGUACAGCAACAACA